ACAUUGUUAAUUAUGUUAUCGGGGAUUGUCAGAAAUUUAUGUGAAGUUGAAGUUGGCACAAAAUACUGUACUUUAUUCUUUAUCUACAGUAGGAACUCAUUGCUAAAAACAUCAAAAUUAUUGUUGGAAAGUGAAGUUAUUAUUUUUGUAUUUAGUAGCUUGCUUAAAAUAUUUAUUUUACCAAAAAAAUACCAUUAAUAUAUUUUUGAGCUGCUCUCCUAUGAUUUUGAUAAGGAUGGUUCAUUCAAAAUGUAGAAAUGGAACAUAUCCAUUUUCGGAAUUGAAAAGGGUGGUUGUUAAUGAAGAUCUUGUUAGUUGGAGUACAAAUUGGGAUGGUUAUGAUCCUCCAGAAUAUAAUUCUGAAGUUCUGUUGAACAAACCUUGGGCUGACCCACCACUUAAUGACCCUAAAUUUGAACCAAAGUGGAAUGAGUUGGAUGGAGUCAUAAAUCGUAAGAGUUAUAUGGGAAUUUACAAUAUUGUUGAUGGUAGACCACAGAAUCCUGAAGGGCGAACUGGUAUAAAAGGACGUGGGAUUCUUGGUAAAUGGGGUCCAAAUCAUGCUGCAGAUCCCAUAGUAACGAGAUGGAAAAUGGUGAAUGGAGAAAAAGAAAUUAAUACUGUCACUAAAUU